CGCAACCGCAACCGCACGUUUGCCGCCGGGCCGCCAUGAUACCAAAGCCGUGCUGGCCGUGCAACGGUUUCUCCGCAGUGACGCGCAAGCCGCUGCCGACGACGCGACACGAUAACGUCGCCCGGGCCACGACUGCGGCUCCGUUCCGUUGCCGAUUUCGAUCACUUUAUACGCAAUAUUACCGAUUAACCGGUGACCACCGCGGUCUUGGUGGAAGGUACGACGUGCGGUGGGAGCACCGCCGAUCGAUCUUUUUCGAAUUUCAAAUCCCUCGAUCGAGGAAUUUGGGAAAAUAUUUUUUCGCCGUCUCGUUAUCUGAAUUAAGACUCUCUCGAUCGUGCUGGAAGGGACUCCAGCUCGAUUUCCAAGAGAUUUCGCAAAAGUAUAUUGCUCGAACAGUUUUGCCGCGACCGCGAGGUGCAAGAUCGAAGCUGCGAAAGGCGAAAGGACUAUCGGGCGAAGGAAGGAAUUGAAGGAAAGAAGAUCUUCGGAGGCUCUAUGAACAUGUUCGACACGGAAAGGUUCAUCGAGGAAAUAGAGAGGCGGCCAGCGAUCUACGAUGUGAAUCGCGGCGAGUACAACGACCGUAACGCCAAGAUGACCGCGUGGGACGAGGUCUGCCAGGUGAUGGUACCGAAUUGGGCGCGCUUGACGGACGAGGAGAGAAAUGUGGAAGAGAAAAAUUUGCGCGGGAAAUGGAGGAACAUACGGGAUUACUUCAUGAAAGAGCUGAAACUUCAGAAGUCGCAAAAGUCUGGACCCGCCGGGCGAAAACGAAAGAAGUACAUGUACUUCGAUCGAUUGUUAUUUCUCCUGCCGACAGUGGAGAACAAGAGGGGUUCCGCAACCAUUAUUAACCCCUGCAAAUCGGAGGAGAGCGAGGGUGAGAUGGACAAUCCCGUGAUUGAGGAGUACGACCCUCUUACUCACGGUGCUUCCAUAACUGGUAGCCGGGAAUAUCUUCAGGCGGGUACUCCCUCGUACAAGGUGUGUCCGCGUUAUUCGAAACAGCAGCUCUGCGAGACGUCCUUCACGCCCUUCGACAAUGAGAUACACGACAUCCUCUCAUCGCACAGCAGUCAGCGCGUCACCCUUGACGAGGACGACUACGACAAGAUGUUUCUUCUCUCGCUGCUGCCGAUUAUCAGGCAGGUGCCGGAGGAAAAGAAGCUGGAUGUCAGAAUACAAAUACAGCAAGUUCUGGCGAUGGCACUCCGUCCAUCCGAUAAUAAAUAAACGUUUGGUACGUUUUAUUUUUUGGAAGGAGGAAGAAGGGAAUCAAAAUGCAUCACGUGGAAAAAGAUUUUGUAUCGAUUUAUACUAUAUAUGAAUAUUUUUUUCUAGUCUGUCCUUUUAAUUAAUAUUUUCUUGGA